CAUAAGUGAUGUCACCUGAUAAUAAAGAGGGAGGGUGUGCUAAUGUUUACAACCACUGGGCUGUCAAUAUUUCUAUCGUAAAAUCAGCGAUUAGUCGAUAUUUCAGCAGUAUACGAAAAGAUAAGUAAAUAAUGGCGCAGACUAAAUGACCUCUUCUCGCAUUCAGAUUUUUCUUUAAACUUCACAGUGAAACUGAACUGGCGCCUGGAAAAGAUCUUUCAGAGUGUGAAUUUUGCUGGUAAAAAGUGCACUGAUGGAGUGGGUGUUCAUCAUGAACCGGAUGAGCUCUCAGGGUAGCUCUGCAGCCCAGCGGAGGCGGAUGGCGCUGGGCGUGGUGAUACUCCUGCUGGUGGAUGUCAUCUGGGUAGCCUCCUCUGAGCUAACCUCAUACAUUUUCAAGCGGCAGGAGUACAACAAACCCUUCUUCAGCACGUUCACCAAGACCUCCAUGUUUGUGCUCUAUUUGCUGGGUUUCCUGCUGUGGCGGCCCUGGAGGCAGCAGUGCACCGGCACGCUGAAACGCCGGCACUCUGCGUUUUUUGCCGAUGCUGAGGCCUACUUUGCACCCUGCACCACUGACACCACUGUGAACAACUGCCUGAGUGAACCACUUUACGUUCCAGUGAAGUUCCAGGAUGUGCCUGCCGAGCAGCCACACUGUUUAAUUGGAGACUGUGAGUCCUCAGCGUCCAAAAAGCAGCGGGUGCGUUUUAGUAACAUCAUGGAGGUGCGUCAGCUGCCCUCCACUCAAGCCCUGGAGGCCAAACUGUCCCGCAUGUCCUACCCAGCUGCCAAGGACCACGAGGCCAUGCUGCGCACAAUGGGCAAGCUAACCAUCUCUGAUGUGGCCAAAAUCAGCUUCUUCUUCUGCUUUGUGUGGUUCCUGGCUAACCUGUCCUAUCAGGAAGCCCUGUCCGACACGCAGGUCGCCAUCGUCAACAUUCUGUCGUCCACCUCAGGCCUGUUUACGCUCAUCUUAGCAGCCAUAUUUCCCAGCAACAGCAGCGACCGUUUCACCUUGUCCAAACUGCUGGCUGUGGCUCUCAGCAUGGGAGGUGUUGCCCUCGUGAGUUUCUCCAGCAUGGACAAUCCUGAUGAGAAGGGCGUCAUAGGUUCUUUGUGGUCGCUGGCUGGGGCGAUGCUCUACGCUGUCUACAUCGUAAUGAUCAAGAGACGAGUGGAUCGGGAGGACAAGCUUGACAUUCCCAUGUUCUUUGGGUUUGUGGGUCUGUUCAACCUGCUGCUGCUGUGGCCCGGCUUCCUCCUGCUCCACUACACGGGCUUCGAGGCCUUUGAGCUUCCCAGCCAGCUGGUGUGGACGUACAUCCUCAUUAAUGGCCUCAUUGGAACCGUCCUCUCAGAGUUCCUCUGGCUCUGGGGCUGUUUCCUCACAUCAUCUCUAAUUGGGACUCUGGCACUGAGCCUCACCAUCCCACUUUCUAUUAUGGCCGAUAUCUGCAUGCAGAAGGUUCGUUUCUCGUGGCUGUUCUUUGCCGGCGCGGUCCCUGUCUUCCUCUCUUUCUUCAUCGCCACACUCUUAUGCCACUACAACAACUGGGAUCCAGUGCUGGUGGGGCUGAGGAGAGUAUACGUCUUCAUUUGCAGGAAACAUCGCAUCCACAGGCUGCCAGAGGACAGCGAGCAGUGCGAAAGCCUCAUUCCUCUGCACGCCGUCUCCCCCAACGAAGGAAGCUUCUGUUCGUGAUGCAGCGGCCAAACACAAAGUGGCGAAUGUGGAUCUCGCUGAGCAGACAAUCUGGAAGCUUUCAGAGACAUUCAACUACCCCAGUGCCUCAAAUUAAAUCUAUUUAUUUUCUACAGUGUUGAGACGACGCAUCCAUUUCUACAAGUUCAUUUUUUUAUUCUCACGUUUCAGUCAUCACAGACUGAGAUUCUGUUUUUACUUUUUGUUUUGCUUUUUUUAUGUUAUCUGCAUACAACAAAGAAACUGUAUGGUGCUGAAGGUGCUGGACGUGGUCAGUGAUCAGUAUGGUGUCGUGUGUCCAGAUGAAACGGUACAUGUUGACUAUAACACUAACAGAGGCAGAAUAAAUUCUGUUUCUUCACAAAUCUGAAAUCAUUGAGUUCAGACUUCAUGUCAUUUUGUUGGGUAGACAUCGUCGUGUUUGUCUCCAGGCCUUUUGAAGCCUUGCUGCUUCGUGUGUGUGUGUGUGUGUGUGUGAAUGAAGCAGUGUGUUUUCACAAAUGGCCAUCUGUGGCCACAUCUGGCCAUCAAUGGCCAGAUGUGUUACUUGAUAAGUUUGUUUUUUGAUUUUCCUGCCUUCCCGUCAACACAGACCUCCGCCUUGUCACAACUUUGAACAUGUGGAUGUGCGGUGGCAUGUGGCCGCAGCUCUCUGAUUGGUUCGUGUUACCGGCCUGGGCAGCUUGGUUAAUGACCGAACCUGUCUGAGUGACGUCUGUGUGCGAGACACUGUCCACUUCCUGUAGACCUCCAGGUGAUAGUCCUGGCAUCUCUCAGCAAACAAAAUGUCCCUCUUUUUAUUUUAAUCUGGCACCGGUCUCGAUUUCCUUUCCGGACGUGAAGAAGAAUGAACUCACGCCACACCUGGGCGAGAAAGCGCCGCGUCUUUGGCGUCAGCAGCUUUCUUGUUCCACGCUGUAGCGCCUCUGACAGCUGGAUCACGAAGACAGACUGCGGCGGAGACGUCAUCUUUGUCCGUGGAUACAAACUGAUGGCCUUCUGCCAUAAGCUACAACACGCCUUGCAGCAGUUAGCCGUCGUGUGCUUGUACGAGCAGUUUUCCUUUUCAAAGUGACACAGCGACACGUCCACAGAGUCCUGAUGUUGUGUUUGUGACCUUCGUAUGACCACUACAGAUCUCUGUUCCAAGAGUCUAUAUUUUAUGUAUCAUUGUGAAAGAUUUCAGCUAAAUUUUACUUGUAGCUGAUUGGAAUCUUGUAUGUGAUCCGUUUUUCUUUCUUUCUUUUUCUUUUUUUUAAAUUAAUCAAAAAUUUACUUGCUGUGUUGGUGAUUUCAUGUGAUGAGAAAGAAAACUUUUCAGUGUCUGUCAUGUAACCCGGGAUGUAAACACUACAGUUGGAGGUGAAAUGUAAAUGUUUUUCCAGACAUCCUGUUAAAUGUCAGGUGUGUGUGUGUGUGUGUGUGCGUGUGUGUGUGUACAUUUGGAGGAAGUGAUAACCGACCCGUGAGGGCGAAUGAACGGGUCGAGCACUUUAAGUGACGGAUGUUAACUGCUUCUCUCCUUCUUGUUCUUUAUUGCCAAUCAGUCCGUCUUCUGUCGCAGUCGUUAAGUAUGAAAGCCUUUUUAGGAUGAUUAGUGGUCAUUGUUUUUAUUUUGGUUUUGUUUCUUUUUUUUGUCUGGUUUGAUUUCACAUGAAAAAAUCUUUUUCUAUUUCAUAUUUUAUCAAUGGUGCUUGUGGAAUUUCUUUAUGGUUUUUACAUGAUUAUCUUUUUUUUUUCUUUCUCAGGUUCUUUGUCUCGUUUUUCACAUCUGAGCAAUUUCUGUGUCUUUCGGUGUCAUUAAUGAAGAUGUAAUAAGGUCUAAAAGAAGGCCAGGAAAAAGACUGUAAUAGUAAAUUCCCUGUUAUCAGCAUUAGCUCUUGAAUUAUCCUGUUAUUUUGCAACUCUGUUUUCAUACUUACAAUGCACUAUUAAAAUAUAUCUUUUUAAA